CUGUUUCCUCCCACUCCCGCCAUUAAAUUAAUCAAGCUGCCCUGUUUCUGUGUGUAUAUAAAAAUACGAGUGCUUGCUAGUCGGAGGCAAUUAAUUGUCAACCACAAGCUUUGCCCUGCCAAGAUUUUCUCUCAGGGAAAAGAAAAAAGAUCGAUGGAGGAAUCGAAUUCAAGGACGAGCCUACAUGAAAUGGAGACCUUGCUGGUCCCGUUGAGCGUGUUCGUAAUGGUGGGUUAUCACGCCUAUCUUUGGCACUACGUCAAGACCAAACCCUUCCUCACCACACAGGGAACCCACGCUAUAAUGAGGAAGCAAUGGCUGCUCGCCAUCAAACAGGGGGACGAGAAGAAGGAAAUGCUGGCGGUACAGAGCCUGAGGAACGGGCAGAUGGCGACGAUACUAUGCGGCACGGUGGCCAUCAUGAUCAACGUGGCGCUGCCGGCCCUCACCAACAACACAUACACCACGGGCCGACACCUGUCCCUGAUGCGGUCCCCGCUGUUCGGGUCCCACCAGUCCGGCGGGAUCACCGUGCUCAAGUACGGCUCGGCGUCGGUGUGCCUGCUGGCCAGCUUCCUCUGCAGCUCCAUGGGGCUCGGCUUCCUCAUGGACGCCAAUUUCCUCUUGGUCAACGCCGCCGGGAACUAUCGCUCCGGCUGCGGCGGCGCGGAGGAGGCGGCGGCGGAUCACACGGAGAGGCUGGUGGAGAGAGGGUUUAAGCUGGGGAUAUUGGGGAACAGGGUGCUCUGUAUCAGCUUGCCGCUGCUGGCGUGGCUGUUGGGUCCGGUGGCGAUGGCGGUGUCGACUCUGGCUCUGGUCUGGAUCCUUUAUUGCCUUGAUUUUCGAUCCCAGAUGAGGUAG